CUGUGAUAAUGCGGUCCAUGACAGUCCCGUCUCUCUAACCUAUACUCUUCCCAAACAUUCACCUUCAAUAAUUAUAUGCUCGCUGAAUCGAAUCAAAAACAAAAUCACAAAAAUCCUCAGCGAGAGAAGAGAAAAAAAUGGCUUCGACCCUUCAGCCGGAGAUGGACAACGACUCAAUGGCAUCAUCGCCGAGGUCGGAGUAUGAUAAUCAGCCACGUGUACGGUUCAUGUGCACUUUUGGAGGAAGGAUCUUGCCUCGUCCACCCGAUAAUCAACUCAGCUACGUCGGCGGCGACAAUCGUAUGAUCGCCGUUCACCGUAACACUAGUUUUGCCUCUCUACUCAACAAACUUGCUAAACUCUCCGGUAAAAGCAACAUCAGCGUGAAGUACCAGCUACCAAACGAAGAUCUUGACGCGUUGAUCUCGGUAUCAACGGACGAGGAUGUAGAGAACAUGAUGGACGAAUACGACCGCGUCGCACAGAAUCAAAACCCACGAUCAUCUCGUCUCCGUCUCUUCCUCUUCACCAAUAACAUCGCCGGAGAAGAUGAUAACGAUAGUCGAGCAAGCAGUAUCAGCUCUCUCCUCGAUAGCUCCGUCAAUCGAGAGCAAUGGUUCCUCGACGCUCUCAAUCUCGGCUCCUCCGCCGUAUCCAACGGUGGUUCCGGCAAAGGUUUCGAGCGCGUCAGAUCUGAAGUCUCCUCGAUCGUCUCCGAGGUUCCUGAUUACCUCUUCGGGUUGGAUACUUUCGACGAGACCGCGCCGCCGCACGAGCUCCGUGAUCGUGAUCCGAGGGCUAAGAUCCGACGAGAAGUCUCGACGCUUUCGGAUCCUGGCUCGCCUCGUCGCGAUGUUCCUUCGCCGUAUGGUUCGACCUCUUCGGCUCCUGUGAUGCGGUCAUCUACACCGGAACUUCAACCAGUUCAAACUAAACCGGAUAGUCCAGAACCGGUUUCGACUCCAAAAUCUGAUCCUCAACCGGAGCAAGUUAUUCAACAGAGUAAUCUUCCGGUUAACCCACAGUGGCAAUAUGCCCCUGGCCCACAGGUUCAUUACCAGCAACCGGUUUAUUAUGUUCCUAGUUCGGUUCAACCGGGGAAUCAUAUGGUUCAACCGGGCAAUCAUAUGAUUCAACAAGGCAACCAUAUGGUUCAGCAGGGUAAUCAUAUGGUUCAACCCGUUCAAAUGCCGGGUCAGUAUGUUCCACAAUACCAUCAUUUACCUAUGGGAUACCAUCACCAACCUCAGACUCAUCGGAUUCCUGGUCCUGGUCCUGGUCUGGGUCAAGUAUAUGGUGGAACUGCUAGACCGGUUAUGAUGGCAGUUGAUGGAGUUAACCGGCCGGCUUAUUAUGAUAUGAACACACCAGGCCCGGUUCAGAUGUAUCACAAUCACCCUGGCAUGGUUGUUCCUGGUAUGGAAGGACAAUACAGAACCGAAACGGAUUCUGAUCCGGGUCGCGCUUCUUAACGGGUUGAAGAGAAAUGAGAAAAUAAUCAUCUUCCUUGAAGGCGCGUCUAUGUGUGAACUGUGUAUUACAUUUUUUCUUACUUUAUUUAAAAUUUCUUUUUUUUGGGUGUAAUUUUGUCAAUCGUGUAUUACACAAGCUACGAUGAACAAUGAAACCCAAUACAAAUCCUAUCAUUUAUAAAUAAUGAAGUAUGUUUGUGAUUUAUUACUA